AUGCGUUGGAAACUGCUGUGGCUUUUUCUGGCCGCACUGUUAAUUCAGUACGCAUAUGGUCGUAAUGAGGAAAAUGGAAAGGGAUAUAAACUGUAUGGACAACGUAAGCGCACGAAUGUUGGAGAAGCUCGUUUUAUUACAUACUUGUUGAACAAGAAAACAACAACAACUACAACAACUGAAAAACCACCACCAAUUCCAACAACAACAUGUGAGCCAUGUACACCAACAGGAACAGAACCAACAACACCAACUACAACAGGACUGCCACCACCUCCUCCGCCACCGCCUCCACCAACACCACCUAUAUCUCCACCACCUCCUCCUCCACCACCGCCACCACCUCCUCCACCACCACCGCCACCUCCUCCUCCACCACCUCCUCCACCACCGCCACCACCACCUCCUCCACCACCGCCUCCGCCACCACCUCCUCCACCUCCGCCACCACCACCAACAAUAACACCUCCUCCACCAGCUCUACCACCAUCACCACCUCCUCCAGCACCUCCAGAUGCACCAACUGUUUCACCAUACCCUCCACCUCCACCAGCUCUACCGCCUCCGCCUGCUCCACCUGCACCUCCUGCUAAACCAGACAUUCCACCAACAUCACCUGCAGCAUUAAAUGAUAAACGCUCUUCAGAUAACGAAAAUAACGACGAGGAAGACGAAGAUGACGAUGAUGAUGAAGAAGAAGAUGAAUCUGGUCGAGCUUUAUAUCACAACAUAAUGUCUAGUUCUAAAGGUCAGCAAUCACGUUAUAGUAACGAUAUACUUAAUAACGACAAUGACGAAAACAACUAUCUAAGUGAUUCUAAGGAAUCCACUCAAAUCGGUCGUGCCGCCAGAGCUAGACCCACAAAUUGGCGCCGCCGUCGUCAACAACAGGCUAUCAGACGUAGAAGAAGAAUGCAACGUAUCCGGCAACGAAAUCGCCGUCUACGUCAACAGGCCAUCAGACGUAGACAAAGAAUGCAACGUAUCAGACGACAAAGAAAUCGACGUAGAAGGAUACAACGUAUUAGACUACGAAAUCGUAUCAAACCUAAAAGGAGACGCCAAAUAAUAGUAAGGAAAUAUCGAAGUGGCAGUGCAUCUGUUAGACGUCGUAGUCGACGACAACGUUUAGCAAGGCGCCGUCGUUUAGCAAGACGUCGACGUUUAGCAAGACGCCGUCGAUUAGCACGACGCCGACGUUUAGCAAGACUGCGUAGGAACCGUAGACUUAGGCAGCAAAUGAGACGGAUACAACGGAAUAGAAGAACGUAACCCAAAUGAAAUGUUUACCUGAUAUAUUAUUAAUAAAUAACAUAUUUAUACUUAA